CUCCUGACAGCAGAGAGCAGAGUACAAACAGGCCCGUGCAGAUCUGUGAAUACAAACUGUUUUUUAAUCGUCGUAAUGCACAGAUUAAAGAUCAUUUCGGGACACCUGUCUCCCCCCGGAUCCUCUGAACACAGGCGGGACUUAUGGAGGUCUGACUGCGGGGCUAUAGUCACCAAAAGCCCGCAGGAUGUGGUGGUUGUUCACGGGCUGAGGACCGCUGUGUGCAAGGCGAAGAGAGGAGCCUUCAAAGACACCACGCCUGACGAGAUGCUCAGCGCCGUGAUGAAAGCUGUGAUGACAGACGUUGGACUCUCCGCCGACAAACUGGGAGACGUCUGUGUCGGUAACGUUCUGCAGCCCGGUGCCGGUGCUCUGGUGGCCAGAAUAGCUCACUUCCUCAGCGGGUUUCCAGAGACGGUUCCUGUCUCCACGGUGAACAGACAAUGCUCCUCUGGACUGCAGGCGCUGUUCAACAUCGCAGGAGCCAUCAGGAGCGGAUCCAUCGACCUGGGCCUCGCAUGUGGCGUGGAGAGCAUGUCGCUGCGUUCCAUGGGGGAUCCUGGAGAUCUGAGCCCGAGGCUGACGGACUUCGACAAAGCCAGAGACUGCAUCAUCCCCAUGGGCGUCACCUCGGAGAACAUAGCAGAGAAGUUUGGGAUCUCCAGAGAGAAGCAGGACGCCUUCGCUCUCAGCUCCCAGCAGAAAGCGGCGCGGGCUCAGAGCUCCGGUGUGUUUGAGCAGGAAAUCGUCCCGGUCAGCACGAGGAUUAUAGACGAGGACGGGACCGAGCGAGAGCUGACGGUUGCUAAGGACGACGGGAUCAGAGCAGGAACCACUCUCUCCGGACUGAACAAACUCCGAGCCGCCUUCAAACCGGACGGCAGCACCACAGCCGGUAACUCCAGCCAGGUGAGUGACGGAGCAGCGGCCGUGCUGAUUGGCCGGCGGUCAGCGGUGGAGGCUCUGGGUCUGCCGGUGCUCGGGGUCCUGAGGGCGAGCGCUGUGGUGGGGGUCCCUCCAGACCUGAUGGGCAUCGGACCGGCGUACGCUAUCCCUGCAGCUCUGAAGCAGGCUGGACUGACCGUGGCUGACAUCGACGUGUUUGAAAUCAACGAAGCCUUCGCCAGUCAGGCCGUGUACUGCGUGGAGCACCUGGGGAUCCCUCUGGAGAAGGUGAACCCUAACGGGGGGGCCAUCGCUCUGGGUCACCCUCUGGGCUGCACCGGGGCGCGGCAGGUGGUCACGCUGCUGCACGAGCUGCGACGCAGAGGGAAGAGAGCGUACGGAGUCGUGUCCAUGUGCAUCGGGACUGGGAUGGGAGCGGCGGCUGUCUUUGAAUACCCCGGACCGUAGGAGACAAACACUAUUCACUGUGAAUUUAAACCCCUUUCCGACAUGACAUGUUAUCUGCCUUCUCAAAACCAAAUAUGUUUUACUCGGCUAAGAGAGGCGAUUAGGCACAUUGGCAUUUACCACGCACAUACAAUCAAGAUGUUUUUACAGCACGGCGACCAACGGAAAUCUACACUUUACAUUAUUUUGAAAGCUACCUGAGCUACUAGUUGAAAAGUGAUUGUCAGGUGGAUGUUAGUCAGUAAGUUGUGAAGUCAGGAGCGCUUUCUUCCUGUAAUGCCAGAGAAACAGCUUCAUUUCAUCAGACAACACAAAUCACACCACUCGUCAUGCAGCUCUGGUAGCUUUCCAAAAGGACUCUUUUUUUGCUUUUUGUCGCCAUGCUGUUUAACAUCAUGAUCAUGUGACCCCGAUUUAUGGCAGUCUCACUACAGAAAUAUCCUCCGAGCCGUGUGCAAAAUGUUUUAAACCCCAUCCUUUACCGUCCUGGAGCGGUGAGCAUUUCUCUCUGCUCAUGCAACGCUUUCUGUUUUCUCUUGCCCACAUGAAAAUGUUGUGAGUUGUACUGAAUUAAUAAUAAUAAUAAUAAUAAUAUGUAAACAACAUCCAGUCCACAUAUAACUUGCUAAACUCAAGAUCCUGUGUCAUGUCUGAAAGGAGCUACGAAAUAAUGGAUCAACCUUUCAAUGCAUCUCCCUCUGAACUAAUGCAGCUGUUCUUUAGAUGUUAAUACUUAUUUCAAGUGCCUCUGAUUCCACAUGAUUAUCUAACCUCUGGUAGUUUUAUUCAAGAAUGGAUUCAUCCUGCUUUUAUUCUCUGAUUAAAGUGGAGAAAUAGUGAGCAUGGGGCAGGUUUUGAGGUGUUUUCUGUAAAAGUCAAAGAGAGAGAGAACCUUAUUUUACAAAACAACAAACUGCACCAUGCCAGCAGGCCUGAGUCGUCUAAGUUCCCUACGAAUGUGUGUGUAGAGAUAAUUGACUGAAUGUUUUUGAGGAUGAUAUGACUAGAUGAGGUUUUGUCAGAUCUAAGGACCAAUCCAAAACAGUUAUUUUGCUUAUAAAUUAAUCAGAAUGACUGCUUUUCUUGCUAAAUGUCCAAUCUCCUGAAGUGAUUUUUUGUAAUAACUUGUGAAAGAUGUCUUCUUAAAACAGAUUUUCUAAGUCACAAUAAAAGAUUUCCACAGGA